GUCAACGGAGUUGGCAGCGCACACAGUUGGCUUCGUCUCCAAAAGCGUUGAAGUUCUUCUUCCUCCUUCUCAGAAAAUCUUGAUCUUCAUAGUCUGAGGUUUACGGUGAAUAUGAAUCACGGUGGAUAUGCCGUAGAAGUGACCGGUCUGUCUCCUAGAGCUACCGAGAGGGAUGUCUAUGAUUUCUUCUCCUUCUCUGGCUCAAUCGAAAGCGUUGAGAUCGUCAGAUCCGGCGACUGUGCAUGUACUGCCUAUGUGACGUUCAAGGAUUCGUAUUCGCAGGAGACUGCUUGCUUGCUCAGUGGUGCCACAAUCAUAGAUCAACCUGUGUGCAUAACUCGCUGGGGGCAUUAUCAAGAUGAAUUUGACUUUUGGAACAGGCCUCAAGCAAGGGACGAUGAAGAAACUCAUUCAACUCCACCAACAAGCCAAAAUGUUCCUAGUGCUGGAGAAGUGGUGUCUGUCGCUCAGGAAGUAGUCAUGACCAUGUUAUCCAAGGGAUAUGUGCUGGGAAAAGAUGCAUUAGCCGAGGCGAAAUCAUUUGAUGAGUCUCAUCAAUAUUCAGCGACUGCAGCAGCCAGGGUUGCUGAGCUGAGUGAGAGACUUGGUCUCGCUGAUAAGUUCUGUGCAGGUGUAGAAGCUGUUAAAUCUGUGGAUGAGCGGUACCAUGUAUCAGAGCUCACCAAAUCCGCGCUAUCGGAGACUGGAAGGAAAGCCGCAGAAGCUGCAAACGCUGUGGUAAACAGCAGCUACUUUUCUAAAGGAGCCCUUUGGAUGUCAGGUGCUCUAGACCGAGCUGCUAAAGCUGCAGCUGAUUGGGGCAGGCAUGGUGGCACGCAGUAAUGUGUCAUUCAGUACAAUUCUUAUCUCCUGUAACAUUGUAAUUAGGCCGCAGUUUGAUACUUUCCGACUUUGGUGUUGAUAUAUGUCACAAUCUGCUUAACAUAAAGAGCAUAAGGAUUGAAGUUGAAGAGAACAGGGCUAAACAAAAUUCCAUUACUCACGGAGAUCGAACACCAAAGCCAAAUAGAGCUAUAUAUUAGCAAUAUAUCUGUU